CCGGCUCCUCCCCUUCAGUCUUGCACAGGUGUACCGGCUCCUCCCCUUCAGUCUUGCACAGGUGUACCAGCUCCUCCCCUUCAGUCUUGCACAGGUGUACCGGCUCCUCCCCUUCAGUCUUGCACAGGUGUACCGGCUCCUCCCCUUCAGCCUUGCACAGGUGUACCGGCUCCUCCCCUUCAGCCUUGCACAGGUGUACCAGCUCCUCCCCUUCAGUCUUGCACAGGUGUAGCGGCUCCUCCCCUUCAGUCUUGCACAGGUGUACCAGCUCCUCCCCUUCAGUCUUGCAUAGGUGUA